AAACGGUUAGAAAACCAAGUAUCGAAGGAACUCUCAAAACUCAAAGAGAGAGUCCCAACACUUCUCCAAGUUGCCAAACUUCCUAAAUUCCCUCCUUUUACUCGUCUUUCAUUGUCAUUCUUCUUCUUCUUCCUUUCCCACUUUCUUCUCUCUUUCCAUUCAAACAUCAUUUGAUUCUCCCAAAUCAUAAAUCCACCCCACAUAAAUUCUUCUUUUUUUUUCGCAUUUUAAUCAUCAUUUCGACGAAGUAAUUCUUUUCUUGUUAUGUUUUGGAGAAGAAAGCGUUCAGCAAUGAACCCAAAAUCUCCAGUAUCUAAAGUGCCAAUUGAUAAGCACAUCAAGAUAUUGGAGGAGCUUCUUAAGUUGCCAGAAAAUAAGGAGUGUGCUGAUUGCAGAAGCAAAGCUCCUAGAUGGGCCAGCAUUAAUCUUGGGAUAUUUAUAUGCCUGCAAUGCUCAGGAAUUCACCGGAGUCUCGGUGUACACAUAUCUAAGGUGCGAUCUACCACACUAGACACAUGGCUCCCGGAGCAGGUUGCCUUUAUGCAAUCCAUGGGAAAUAGAAAAUCCAAUGCCUACUGGGAAGCGGAGUUGCCUCUACAUUAUGAUAGUAAUCGAAUUGAAAAUUUCACACAAGCAAAGUAUGUUGAAAAACGAUGGAUUCCAAGAGACUGCAAAGUCAAGCCACCUGCAAGCUCUACGCCAGCACGACUACCCUCUAGUCGUUCGACAAGGCGUUAUGGUGGCAUUGCAGAAUGGACUAACAAUCAACAUUUAUGUAAGAGUAGAAAUGAUAGCUCAACAGCUGAAAGAGACAGGGAAAGCUCAAGUCCUAGCAGUGUUGAAGAUUGUAAAAUUGAACGCCAACAUCAACAGCAGGAUAAUAAAAAAGAGAACUGUCAACCAUCUAUGAAUCAGAGUCAUUCUGUAUUGAAAUGUGCUAACGGAAAACCUUCUAAAGAACCAGCACAAGUUGUCCCUCGUAUACUCCCUAAUGGCAACCUGUGGAAGUCAGAACAAGAAUCCUUGAAAAUCAAAUCGUCAACAGCUAAUUCCAUGACUGCUGUCCCUUCUUCUGAUGUUGAUUAUGCUUCUGAACAUCUCAUAACAUUAUGUAUGGAUGAUUCUUUCGACGAUGAUUCAAGUUCUGGUACAAGUGCAUGGGUUCAUUUUGACUCUGACGAAGAAUUGUCAACGUCAGAGGCAACUAUUGUUCCCAAACUAGCUGUUGAAAGUGCCUCAAUUCACGAGGCAAAGUUCGCUCUAAAAUCUUCUGCUAGCAAGGUUAGCCCUGAACCAACAAUAAAGGAUGUCCAAACAGCUACGGUACCGUCUACAAAUGGACAUUUUGGUGAACAUCAAAAAUAUGUUUCGAACAACAAUCAAAGCCUUUCCUUUAAACCUAAUAUGGUUUCCUCACCUUCUAUCCAUCUUCAACGACUUGCGAUGCUUGCUGAAGGUGUUUAUUCUACAGAUGCGCCAAAGUCUGCUGGUGGUAUCCAUCAUCAGCUGAACACAAAGGGGGGAAGUGUUGAACGCACAAUAGGAACUCAAAUGCCGAUACAAAAUUUCCAGCCGGGGAAGUUUGAAUCGAGUUCUGCUCGAUACACCAUGCCCAGCUCGUAUGCACCUGCAAUUUUGAUGAAAAGUGCAUCGACUACACCAGCUAGGAGGCCUCCUGCAGCAUUGCCUGUAUCAGGAUACGACUAUGACUUCUCGUUCUUAACGCAAGGGAUGUUCAGGAAAUGAUAGAAACGUUUCGUUCUCCAAAUUUAUCAUUUGCUAGGGAUGUACAGGAAAUAUAUUUCUCAGUGAUUAAUUCAAUAAGUUAGGUCAUAUUACUUGUAAAUGCAAACUCUCUUAGUGUUCAGCUUGGUCCUUUGUUCAGAAAUCUGUUUGGAUAUAUACACAUAAAAUUUUGUUUUGCGAUCA